AUGCCGCCGAAGAAGGGGAAGAAGGGGGGGAAGAAGAAGGCCGCGAUCAUCACCGACGAGGAAUUCCUCGCGCCGUUCGGAUUCCGCGUCGGGGACAUGAUCGUCACUCCUCUGGGCGCCAUUUGCGAGGUGGUUGGGGUGAAGUGUGACGUGCCCGGCGACAUCAACUCCGGGCGCCUCAUCGUCCAAUACCCCAACAAGCAGCAGAUCCCCCUCGAGCCCCGCGCGAGCAACGGCAACCUCAAGAGCCUCGGGUACUGGCACGCGCCCGAGGCCAUGCGCAUUCAGAACCAAAUCGAGCGCUGGAAGGCGUCCCGCGCGAUCGAGGAGGACCAACUGCGACGCUACGCGCAGGAACAAUUGCUGCGCAUGGAGGCUUUCGCGCUCGAGGGCACCGCGCGCCGCGUGAACGACGCAACCGGCAUGCUUGACCGCCUGCGCGCCGGAGCGACGCGCCCCACCACUGCGCCGGUCGGGGGCCGGUCCUGA